AACGAACUUUCAGGGGUCCGACUGUAAGCUCCUUUACGAUACGGUUUGGCUUGGAUGUGUAACCGUAAUUCAGGACAGGGCCUGCCAGCCUAGCGAAUGGCAGGCAAGGUACAGUUCAUGGCCCCCCUCCCCGACCCCCGACCCUCUCUUCGCUAAAUGGUUACAUCGCUGAAACGCCCUUGAUCGUGUAUCCACUGCGCGCACCAAUUCCCGGAUCUGACAAGAAGGAAGUUCCAAAUAAUAUCGCGAACAUCGCGAAAAGACCUCGAAUACUACCCGAACCCAACAGGCUGCACCUACUCUGGGACCCUCGACAAACAAAGGGAUGUGUAAGAAUCCGUGGUGUUUCUCGGGCCAAGACGCGACGGAACAGGGCCACCUGCAACAGGCCGAUAUGUGGGGUUUGUGUGCGGUGGAUCGCAUUCGCGAUCUUCCAGCAAUUGGGUGUCUUCCUUGGAACGAGCCGAAUUCCGUCCGGAUCAUGCUUGCCGGACGUGAAAUGGGCCCAGACCGCCCCACAUCCAUCCCGCCUUUCGAUUCUUCGUGGUCCGAGAUGGACAUUUGGACAACAGGUGAACUGACGAUACCUACAGUACAAUGCCAGUACGACUUCCGAACUUGGUUUAUUAGUUUACGGAUCUCCCGCCUUACCGCACGCCAGCGCCCGCUCGACCAGCUCAUCCGACGACCGUGCGCAACGCCGUCCCCGAGCCUCAGAUGUGGAACUUAUGGACGACGAAAACGCCAGUCUUGGCAGUAUCCACUACGCGCCGACGUCACCGAGCGGGUCUUCGCAUUGCCGCCGGUUCCAAAGAUCCGUCAUGGGGCAUGGGAGCUGCGGUGCAAGCUGGAUCUGCUCGUCAUCAUCAAUCAUCUUGCAGGAGGAUUUCGGUUGACAGUUCUGCCCCGGAGCCCCGAAGCAUGUCAGCGACUACGCUACACUAAUCCUACCUAGUCGACCUCUCGGCUUCCAGCCGUAUGGCUCGUCGAUCUCCAAAGACUUGCCGGCCUGCCGCCUUGGCCGAACCGAACAACCGGCCAAGUAAGUAUUCACCGGGUUAUCAGAGCCCAAUUGGAACGCCAAAAGCUGUUUUCCCUCGAUGGUUCGUGUGUUGGUUGGGCAGAGAUGCGUGCGCCGCCUAUGAGGAAACAGACAAUGAGCAAACCCUGCUCGGCGCCGCGUACCAUAGUGAUCCGCGUUAGGUUGCUUGUGCGAAGCCAGCGUAUAUACUUGGGCGAUCCAGCCUGGUACAAUACAGAUACAACAGCUCAAUUUCAAGCUCAUAGCGAGGCG